AUGCUCUGCAGCACCAGCAGCAGCAGCAGCAGCAGCAGCAGCAGCAGCACAGCGUGGGGCACGCAGCAGCAGCAGCAGCAGCAGCAGCAGCAGCAGCAGCAGGGUGAUUGGCAGCAGCAGCAGCAGAACGUGUUCGCAGCUCCUGAGGUGUUCGAGUGCAAUGCAGCAGCAGCAGCAGCAGGUGUGUGGCACAUGCAGCAGCAGCAGCAGCAGCAUAACCAGCAGCAGCAGCAGCACCGGGAUAAUGAGCAGCAGCAGCAGCAGCAGCACGGGGAUAAUGAGCAGCAGCAUAGCCAGCAGCAGCAGCAGCACCGGGAUAAUGAGCAGCAGCAGCAGCAGCAGCAUAACCAGCAGCAGCAGCACCGGGAAAAUGAGCAGCAGCAGCAGCAGCAGCAGCAUAACCAGCAGCAGCAGCAGCACCGGGAUAAUGAGCAGCAGCAGCAGCAGCAGCAGCAGCAGCAUAACCAGCAGCAGCAGCAGCACCGGGAUAAUGAGCAGCAGCAUAGCCCGCAGCAGCAGCAGCACCGGGAUAAUGAGCAGCAGCAGCAUAACCAGCAGCAGCAGCACCACCGGGAAAAUGAGCAGCAGCAGCAGCAUAACGAGCAGCAGCAGCAGCAGCAGCAGCAGCAGCAGCAGCAGCAGGAGGACCUGAUCAUAGCUCCUGAGGUGUUCGAGUGCGAGUAUGAUUCUGCUGUUGAUAUGGAAGAGCGCAGCAGCAGCAGCAGCAGGUGUGUGGCCCAUGCAGCAGCAGCAGCAUAA